UCCCAAUUUUUCAUCAAGUUUACUGAAAAAGUUGACGACUGUUCAAAUUGCAUAAUCAUCUUUUCAUCCACAUAAGACAAAAAAACAUUGGAAUUUUUGUGUUUUAUAUAAUUAUUAAUCUUUUUGUGCCCAACAAACUCCAGCUAGCAUACGAACAAAUAAUAAUAAUAUGAAGAAAAAGGUUUUAUUGAUGGGCAAAAGUGGCUCAGGAAAAACCAGUAUGCGAUCAAUAAUUUUUGCCAAUUAUAUUGCCCGUGAUACACGACGAUUAGGUGCUACAAUUGAUGUCGAACAUUCACAUGUUCGAUUUCUAGGCAAUCUGGUACUCAAUAUUUGGGAUUGUGGUGGUCAAGAAGCAUUCAUGGAAAAUUAUUUUGCAUCACAACGAGAGAAUAUUUUCAAAAAUGUUGAAGUUUUAAUCUACUUAUUCGACGUGGAAUCAAGAGAAAUUGAAAAAGAUGUUCGAUACUAUCAAAAUUGUUUAGAAGGAAUAAUGGAAUAUUCACAUAAUACCAAAGUAUUCUGUUUAAUUCAUAAAAUGGAUCUUAUACCUGAUGAUCAACGUGAUAUUAUAUUCAAAGAUCGAGAAAUUUAUCUGAAAAAAAUGUCCCAGCCACUUGAAUGUAUUUGUUUUCGAACUUCAAUCUGGGAUGAAACAUUGUAUCAAGCUUGGUCCGCUAUCGUUUAUUCAUUAGUGCCAAAUGUUGAAGAUCUUGAAAAUCAAUUACGAAUUUUUGCGAAUAUAAUCGAAGCUGAUGAAGUAUUAUUGUUUGAAAGGGCUACAUUUUUGGUUAUUUGUUAUUGUGAACGACAACGUCAUGCUGAUAUAAAUCGAUUUGAAAAAGUUUCAAACAUAAUCAAACAAUUUAAAUUAAGCUGCAGUAAAUCUACCGCACAAUUUCAAUCUAUGGAGGUGAAAAAUUCUAAAUUUUCUGCAUUCAUCGAUGAAUUUACACCAAAUACAUAUGUGAUGGUCAUUAUGUCUGAUCCAUCGAUUCCAUCAGAAGCAACAUUGACCAAUAUUAAAAAUUCACGAAAACAUUUUGAAAAAUUGGAAGGCGUCAAACAUUUAUCAUCACAAUCGACAAGCACUACUUAUAGUAAUCAUUGAAUAAUAAUCUAGUCACAUUGGAUGGACUAAACCUUAAAAAUCUGACAUAUAUGAUGAUAUAUUUAUUUGUUAUUAUUAUUAUUAUUAUUAUUAUACCAACUUUUAU